AUGAACUGCGUUCCUUGGUUUCCAAUGGCUUGCCUUUUCAUGGCUUUGACAGCAACAGCAUCAAAACAAACGAAGAGAGAGAUUUUUAAAGUGCUUAAGUUUACCACCCCUCAUGAAAUUGUUGAGAGUCCUGAUCGUAAAUAUAUUGUGUAUGUUUGUCAACAAAUAGACAGUGGACAAGAAAUAAACGACUAUUUUGGAUGGCUCAUUGAUGCAAUUAAAGAGAAAGGGAAGGAUGCCGAGCGGGUUUUAGUUUAUUGUCAAACUGUGAAACAGUGUGCAAGUCUGUAUCAAUUGUUUGCCAAUAACCUUGCCAAAUGUAUGUCCUCUGACAAGUCACUUAACCCCCAAAAAAGGUUGGUAGAAAUGCUGCACUCCAAGACACCUGAAUCUGUCAAAAACACAGUGUUGGAUUCUUUUAGAAGGGAGAAUGGCUUGAUCAGAAUUUUAUUUGCCACUGUGGCAUUUGGAAUGGGAGUGAACACAAAAGGGGUAAGAAGAUGCAUUCAUGUUGGUCCACCAAAGAACUUGGAGGCCUAUGUUCAGGAAAGCGGACGAUGUGGCAGGGAUGGAGAACAAAGUCAUGCUGUUGUCUUAUUUAAUGCUAAAUUAUGCACUCAUGUAGAGGAAAACAUGAAAGAGUACUUGAUCUCUGAAGACUGCAGAAGGAAAUUGCUUCGGCAUCCUUUCAAUCAAACUACAUCCUCCUUAGUUUCACCAGUUUCCCACCUUUGCUGUGACAACUGUGCAAGAAAUUGUAAAUGCAACCAACUAGGAUGCCCACCAGCCCUUAACUUGCCUUUGGAUAGGAAUCAAGAUGACAAACCCCUUAUAAUAAUGCGUGAUGUCUCUACCGCUCAGAGGAAAAUACUACAAUCUUUACAGAAGUCUCUUGUUACAAAAUCUAUGCAAGGUGAUCAAAACGAAAGAAGGGCUACUGUCCUAUCUUGCCCAAACUUUUUCCUUGAAUUUACAAAGACUCAAAUAGAACAACUUUUGGAACAUUGUGCUUGUAUUGAUGAUGUGAAAAGAUGCGCUGAAAUUUGGCAGCACAAACAUGCUGUUGAAGUUUGUAAAAUCUUCAGCGAAGUAUUUGAUAGUAUAAUCCACCUGAACAGAAGUGAAGAUAGUGAUGAGAGUGAGGAGGACAAUGAUGAUCAUGAAGACCUUAGUAUAUAUUUUCAGAAUGACACGUCAUUUCUGGAAAUGAUAAGUCACUGA